AUCUGCAUUCCCUCUCUCGCUCUUUAUACCCACAUCCCAGCCGCUAGUGCUCCCACUGUCCUUUCCGAUACCUUAAUAUCCCUCAUCAUGCGUGUCUCCGCUGUUGCCCUCCUCGGCCUUGCCUCCGCCGCCGUUGCUGAAGUUAGCACCUGGCAGGAUGUUCUGGGCGACGUGCCCCAGUGCGUGAAGACGUGUCUCGAUGACUUCUAUACGAACAUCGGUUUCGAGGAAGAGUGCGGCAGCCCCGACGAGGCCACCGUGGACUGCCUCUGCGGUGUCCAGGACACCUUCUCCAAGGCCCAGUCUGAGUCCAGCAAGCUGCAGUCUUGCUUCAAGGACGGCUGCGACACCAAGGACCUGACCACCGCCAUCAGCAAGCUCACUGACUACAACGAGCGAUUCCGUGACUUGCAGAACCAGUGCAAGUCCAGCGACAGCAGCAGUGACAGCAGCAGCAGCAGCAGCGGCGAUGACACCGGCGCGGCCAACUCCCUCAUCCCCAGCUAUACUAUGCUCGCCUCUGGCGUUGUCCUCCUCGCUGCUUCCGUUCUAUAAGCUGAUUCACCCUCCUGAUGUUGGGCAUCUGUGUUGUAUAUAUUAUGGAUUAAUCACUGGGCUUUGGUUGGAGCUGGGUGGACAGAUCAGCACGAAGAUAUUUGGAGUGAAGAUCUUGGACGGCCAUUGACUACCGAGUGACAUUGUAUCUAAUUCUUUAAUUCUACUUAAU